CAUGUAGCUUGCUUAACAAUCAGACCCCUGGUUCGGCGACGCAUCAGCAUGGGAUCACGGUACAAGUGCCUUGCAUAUACUUGUAGCGGGCAUAUUAAGUUCCCGAUCACAUUCUGGAUAUCUCUGUGGUGUCUGGUUGAAUACCAUGAUAAAUGUAGUUUCAGGUUGAUUUGUAUUAAUAUCUACUGUUAGUGUUAGUGCUGUUUCAUCAACCACCGUAUCCAACACAAUGUCUGCUAGAAUCAACACCAUUUUGAUCAUUGGUGCUGGCGGAGGUAUUGGCGAGGCGCUUGCCCGUCGAUUUCACAGCUUGGGAAAGAAGAUUAUUGCUACGGGCCGCGAGCAAGACAGGGAGAAACUGACGCAGCUAGCACGGGAUCUUCCCGGGCUUCAGUUCCGAGUGUGGGACCUGACGCACCUCGAGACACUGCAAACCGAAGUCAGGGGCAUUCUGACCGACUUCCCCAAGCUGGACUCGGUCUUCAUCAAUGCCGGCAUCCAAACCUACUACGACAUCUUCCAGCAGCCCGCCGACGACCAGACCGUCAUCCGGGAGCUGACCACUAACCUCACGGCCCCAAUCCUGGUCGCUCAGGCCUUUGCCUCGCACCUCCUUAGCCUCGCCCAGUCUGGCAUCAAGACCAACCUGUUCCUCACCAGCUCAUCCCUAGCCUACUUCCCCGUGCCGUUCUAUCCGGCAUACUGCCCGGCCAAGGCAGGCAUCGCCGCGUUUGCCAAAAUCAUGCGGAUGCAGCUCGAGGCGACAGGGUGCAAAAAGGACAUGAUGAACGUGGUUGAAGUUGUGCCGCCGUAUGUUGAUACUCCGCUGAAUGCGGCACACCGUGACAAGACGGACGAGUUGCAGGGGGGUAAGGACAAGGCUGUGCAGCCCAUGCCGUUGGGGGAGUAUGUAGAUAAGUUCUUUGCGGAGCUGGAGCAGACAAAGGAGGAUGGGUCGUUUAGGGAUGAGAUUGGUGUUGGGUUUGGUGCCCAACUGGCCGCACUUUGGCGUAAGGGGUACCGGAAGGCUCUGAGUGAAUCGGGCAUGGCUGAGUGAGAGGAUACGGAUUUCGAAAGGAUGACAAAAUGAUACUCUUAGGUUUG